GUCUCAAGUCUCGGAGAGCCCGAAAAAACCGUCGCCAUCGCCCGCCAAGAGGGGGCGCCGCGGUCAGAAGAGGGGCUCGCCUGUUGCCGCCGGCGACUCGUCCGACCAUCACACUCCGUCGCCGCGGCGACGCGGGAGACAGCCCAAGCAGCCUCCCAAGCCAGAGGAGGAGCCAGAGGAGGAGGAAGAAGAAGAGGCGGCAACGCCCACCAGGGGCCGCCGAGGUUCGCAGAAGAAGGCGUCGCCGAGAAAGAGCGCGGGCAGAGGGCGCCCCUCCGCGUCGCCGGCGAAGAAGGCGACGCCAACCCGAGGUAGGGGGCGCCGGUCUCUGCCCGAGGACGAGGCGCCAGCAGAGGUCGUGACCCCGACGAGGGCGCGUAGGGGGCGCCCGCCACAGCGGGCCCCGCCCGAGAAGGAGGAGGAGGAGGGGGCGGGAGAGGAACCCAAGGAGGAGGUGGUGACUGGGAGGAGUGGCCGCCGG